AUGGCCUAUCCCACUGACGACAAGGCGGCCCUGAGCCACAGCUACGAGCCUGUUCAGGACCUCGCCCUGCCCCCAAAGGCUGCCACCGUCAAGACGACUGAGGCGACGCAUGGCUCCUCGCCUGCCUCGUCUACGAAGGAGAAGAUCAUCGAGGUCCGCCGCGACAGCAUCCCUUCAACGCCACACUCCCUUCGCAAUGACAACCCCUUUGACACGGAUGUCGAGGCCAUGAUCACCACGACCAACACGAACAAUAACAACAACAUGUCGCGCAAGUGCACCACCACCAUCUCCAAGGCCGAUUCAAGGGCAACCCGCAUCAUUCCCCAGGUUCCUCAUUCGCCCUAUUUGAUUGUCGGGAUCUCCGUCGGCGUCGGCUUUGGCGUCAGCAAGCCUCUGGGCGCACCCAUCUGGGGCGUCAAGGACGACGAGAAGAGGUAG